AUGAACUGGCUUGGAGCAGGUAUUGAGAGCUUGAAAGAGAAGUUAACUGCUUGCACUAGAGAGAAGUUAAAUCUCCAAGAGGAGCUUUCGGAAGCUUACCGUAUCAAAGGCCAGUUGGCUGAUUUACAUGCUGCAGAGGUAUCAAAGAAUAUGGAAGCGGAGAAGCAGGUUAAAUUUUUCCAAGGUUGUGUUCCUUCUGCAUUUGUUGAACGAGAUCAUUCAAUAAUGGAGGUUACUACUUUUUCCCCUCUUAAAGUUUCUAUGUUCUGCUUGGUGCACAGGAGAAGCAGAAGAACACAACUGACAAUCCAUCAACUAACAACAGUAGCUGAAAUGUUGAAGGUGAUUGCUCACAUCUGUGGGUUUUAG